AUGGGUAAAGGAACGGAUAAACUAUACAUUACUCACUCAGAAUGGGCAUCUGAGGACGCAUACUCGGCCAGCGCUGGUGCUGGUGUAGCUGGUGGGCGAAACAGCGCUGUCCAUGCGUCUUUCAAACGUCUGCCAUUCAACUUUUGCUCGCUUUCGCUUCAGCCCUUUAAACACCCGGUGUGCACAGCCCAAGGCACCAUUUUCGAUCUAACGAAUAUUCUUCCAUGGCUGAAAAAACACGGUACCAACCCCGUUGACGGAAGUCAUUUGAAGAGCUCAGAUCUGAUAAAGUUGAAAUUCGCAAAGAAUGAGGCUGGAGAAUAUGUCGAUCCGGUCACGUUCAAAGUCUUCACUGAUAAUACUCAUAUCGUCGCUCUUCUCCCCUCGGGGAACGUUUUCGCCUGGGACACGGUAGAGAGGCUGAAUAUUAAGGCUAAGAUGUGGCGUGAUUUAGUUACGGACGAAGAGUUUGGUCGCAAAGAUAUCAUUACAUUGCAAGAUCCGCAGAAUGUUGAAGCACGGAAUCUCAGCUCUUUCAAGUAUCUGAAGGAUGGAGAGAGUGUGUUGACUGAAGAACAACUCCGGGAGCGCAACGACCCUAUCAACAAUGUGAACUUGAAUGCCAUGGGUAGUUCUGCCAAAAUUCUCAAAGCUAAAGAGGCAGUUGCGCGAGCUCGUGCUGAGCGCGGCGCGCAGCAAGGAAAAGGUGUCGCUGGCAAGCCCGGAGCAUCACUAUCUGAAAAACCGAAAUCCACUACUGUAUCACAUCAACCGACCAAGCACGUUCCGUUCAACGCCGCGCGUCAUACGACGGGUCUUGCUGCGGCGUCCUUCACUAGCACGGGUUUAACUCCCCACACUGAGGCUGAGUUGGCCACUCUGUCCGAUGAACAAUAUAUGCUGAAGCGGGGAAGAGUGAAGGAAAAGGGCUACGCUCGCAUAUCGACAACAAUGGGCGAUCUGAAUCUGGAAUUACAGACCGAAUAUGCUCCCAAGGCUGUUUGGAACUUUAUUCACCUAUCCAAGAAGGGCUACUACAAAGAUGUUAUAUUCCAUCGCAACAUCAAGGGUUUUAUGAUCCAGGGAGGUGAUCCUACCGGAACAGGGCGUGGAGGUGAAAGUAUAUGGGGAAAGAACUUCGAUGAUGAGUUUGAAGGGCCACUUAAACACGAUGCCCGCGGUACCCUAAGCAUGGCGAAUAAGGGUAAGAACACUAAUAGUAGUCAAUUUUUCAUUGCAUAUCGCGCCUUGCCUCAUCUGAACAACAAGCAUACUGUCUUUGGUCGUAUAAUUGAUGACCCGUCACCUUCAUCGACAACUCUAAACUCAAUGGAAGUGGCGCCUGUGGACCCCAACACGAACCGACCAUUGACCGACAUACGCAUCAAGGAUGUAACUAUCUUUGUCGACCCUUUCGAGGAAUUUAUGAGCAAGCAAGCUACUCUGAACGCCGGGGGAAAUGCCCAGAGUCAAAAGAAAAUGGAUGAGAAAACAGCGGGAAAUGUUGAUGAUGAUUUAGUCACAUGGACUGGCAAGCGUGUUCGCGGCAUAGACGGGUCCAAUAUCUCAGAGACGAAGGACGGUGGUGGUGUAGGCAAAUAUCUUCGAGCUGCACUGGUUGAGCAACAAACUCGCAAGACUGGCGAUGAGGAUGAGAUCGUCGAAUACGUAGAUGAUCCAGAGCCGUUACCAGAACAUACGCGCAAAAAGUUCAAGACAACAGGAGGAUUUGGAAACUUUGAGGGAUGGUAAUUCUCAGAAGAGGUUUAAUUACAAACAAUGAUAAAUGGAGCUACCUGUCCUCAAUUCUACCGGGAGGACUUCUGACCCGAGGACGUGUUCCAACAUCCUUAAUCCGUUAACUAUCUGGAGUAACCUUUUAACUACUAACACCAUAGACAACCUUUGAACAUGUCUCUGGACCCGUUGUUGACUGCCGUUGAUUCCACAACCUGUUGUCUGCAUG